AUGAGUCAGUAUCUCAACACGCCCAAGUCGGAGCUCGAGCCGGAGCAGCUGCGCGCGUUGGAGGAGUACGAGACGAGCCAAGGCCCGCUGUCAGUGCUGCAGCAGAGCGUGCGCAACCACUCGCAGAUCUUGAUUUCGCUGCGCAACAACCGCAAACUGCUGGCGCGCGUCAAGGCGUUUGAUAGACAUUCGAACAUGGUGCUGGAGAAUGUAAAGGAG